CGAGUCACAAACAGGAGCCGGUUGUUUCCCCUAUUUCUCGGUGGGCUCGCAUACUCCCGCACGGGUGCAAGAACCCGUCAUCCGGAACGAGCGCAGCCCACAAUACACUUACGGGAAGUCACCUAUGGGACUGGCCCGUGGGGAAAGCCUCGGUUUGAGAAAGUGUGCCAGUCUCCCAUCACUGAGCGACUGCGGUUCGGACCGCGCCCUUGAAGUGUAUUGUGGAAAAAGGCAGCUGAUAGAGCUGUCGACGAAGGUUCCAACACGGCUUCACGGGUUCCUGGAAGACAUUGGAGUAGCUCACUACUUUGUAAUAGUAAAGCAGACCACGGAUGGCAGCCUCACCCAGUUCGAUUUCGGCCCAGUGGGUGGGGACAUCGCAUUCCCGCAGUUCAACUCACUUCAGCUCCCAGCAAGGGGAGUCAUGGGAAACGGGGAUAAGAGGAAUGCGAAGCGGCUCAAGCAGGCAGAGAUCCGAGAGAUGAAGUUGACAGAGCUUCCACCACAGCAUAUGUACGUUGGAAGGAGCAAACUGUCGCUGAAGGACAUUCGGAACUUUAACAACCUGCAGCAGCUGACCUACUUCCUGAACCAAAAUGACUGCCGGCACUAUGUUGACAAGCUGUGUCAGUACACAACUGGGGUGAGCCACGCAGCCAGCCUUUGCAAAAGGACGACCUUCCGACAGCGCAGAGCCACGCCGCAGUGGUCAGACUCGGUCAUUACCCUGGCGCACGCCCUCACAGACGUCGCCAACUGGCCAAAGGUCCAGACAGCCACCCAGAUGACUCUUACCUUUGCGGGUGCUCUGACCAGCCGCUCGACGCUGCGACGGCUGCGGCCGCAGCUGCUGCCGGGGCUGGCCGCGCGCGUCAGCGCAGUGCCUGCUCCCAGGGCCCUCGUCAGCAGGACCCUGCAGCGGCCGCCCAUCGCCAUGGCCACAGCUGUUGCGGCAUCCUACACUGCCGGGAGAGCUCCUGCGGUGCGGGAGGCUCUGAAUGUGGGCUGGCGCAUUGGGGAGAGUGUGAGGGCUGCUGCGAUGAACAUGGUGGCAUCAGCGAGCUCCGUGGGGCGCUCCGCCACCAGAGCAGCGGCCGGCAGCUUCCAGGAGGUGCUAUCUGUGGCUGGCCAAGGUGUGAUGGGUGCAAUGGCGGUAGCAGGAACACGCAGCACAGUCUGCAAUUCUGCCACCGCGGAGCGGCCAGCGCCCUCACGGCUGCGGCCGCGCCUGGUUUUGCCCCGCAUCGGUGGCCGUUCAAGCAAGGUCCUGGUGGCAUGAGUACAUAUUACAGCACUGGCUUCAAGCUGGCAUCAUCAGCCAAGCGGAUGUCACUGUGAGCAUGUUUGGAGCGAUGAGGAGUGAGCUUACAGUAGAAGCCAUAGCUAACAACGCUGAGGUACUGAACUUUUUCAAGAAUUUGUGAGACAAGCGAGAGAGCGCGGGAGAGCAAACGAUGCAGAUUGUGCCAACAGAUAGCAAACGAGUGGAGUUGAGGAGUAGCAGUAGAGAUUGUGGAGGCAAUAUCUUUGUCAAAAAAGGAAAAUGUUCACCGUUUCCUCACUUGAACACGUGUAGUUCCACAUCAUUUCUGUGGUCUUUGGAUGAGCGUGAACAUGAUUUUGCCAGAACUGCUAAUAUCUGCCCGUCACAUUGAAGUCAGAGCCCAUGUUUUGGGAAACAAAAGGAACCAGACAGGGAAGUCUCCGAGUUGUGAUGUCCAUGCAGAGAAGAUAGGCUACAGUAGAGAGUGCAUCUUUUAUAUACAGUUGUAGAAUAACGCAAUGUAUGACCAUUUCCAUUCAGUGAUCGACAAUUGAGGGGUGUGCUUGGACAGUAGUGUUGCAAUUUGCAUAUGCUGACUUGCAAGAGAAGAUCUGAAGUUGGGCAAGCAUCAUAAGGAAUGAUGAGGUUGCACCUUUGGUUGCGCAGUGCUGGACUGGGAGUGAUAGGAACCUGCAUGUUAUGACCUCAAUUCUUACAUCAUGUGGGACAUGCAUGAUAUAUUG